UCUACCAAUAAAACACAAAAGAAGAAGAAGAAGGGUCGGGGAAAAGAAGAAGAAGAAGAAGAAGAAAGGGAAAAGAUAAAGAUCCAAAUCUCUCCUCUUAAUAAGGACGUUAGCAAUGAUGUUGCAUGGCUUCAAGAGCAGUAAGCAGGAUUUCACUUUUGGAUCAUGGAAGGUGACAGCGGCAAAAAACCACAUCAUGAAAUCUAAAGACAUUGAACGAUUAGCAGAUGAACUGAACAUGCCUUCACUCCCAGAGAUGUUGUAUGGGGAUAAUGUUCUGCGGAUCCAACACACAGACCACUACGGCAUUGAAUUUAAUGCUAUUGAUGCUCUCAAGAAAGUCAACAAUAUGGAAGACACUGUGAAGGUAGCCUGUGCUCAAGAAUGGCAGGAGAGCAGAGCUGAGUCUGAACAUGCCCAAGAAGUACUGAGGCCUUUCGACUGGACGUUCACCACAGAUUACAGAGGAACUCUUCUAGGAGAAGAACUCCAGAUAAAGGUGACUAAUACAGAGGAACGCAUUGACAUAGAGAAGCUGAAAGCUCGAGAGCACAUCAUGUUCUUUGAAGAGGUUUUGCUGUUUGAAGAUGAGCUUCAUGACCAUGGUGUCUCAAUGAUUAGUGUCAAAAUUAGAGUGAUGCCAUCCAGUUUCUUCUUAUUGCAGCGUUUCUUCCUGCGUGUGGACGGAGUCUUGAUUAGAAUAAAUGAUACUCGUGUUUAUUAUGAGGAUGGAAAAGAUUACAUGCUGCGAGAGUUCAGUACCAGAGAAAAUACAAUAACAGAACUUAAGAAUAUUCCUGCAGCAUUCUACACAGAUCCCAAUGAGAUAGCUCAGCAUCUAACCCUGAGAGUAACAAAGUGUGAGAAACUGGAACUUCCUGUGAUGCAUCGUGAACCUUCUGUCAGUGAAGCUAUUUAGUAACUGUUACACUGUGACAGCUACACUAAUUUGUUCUGGUUAUGUCAAAUCUAUACUGAGCAAUAUAAAAACUUUUGAUCAUCAAUCCAAAUAUUUGUACAGCAACAGAUUAAUAAAGAAACGUAACUGCAGAAUUACUUUAAAAUGACAAAAUAUCCCUUGUCUUGUUUGAAAUUAAAUGUGCAUUUAAAUCUGUUAAAUUCAACAUAAAUGAACACUGUAAAUUGUGGAGUCAGAAUCUAUUUGUGAAACUAUUGUUUGUUGUGUAUUGUAUAGAAGCUCAUUUCUGCCAAUCUGGUGGACAAAAAUAACUUUUAUCUCAUAAUUCUGACAUGGUCAUAUUAAAGUUACUAUCUCAUUAUUAUGGCUUAGCUUUCACAUAACACUGUGCAUGUGCAUCAUCAUGAGUCUUUUCCAGCCUUAUUUCUAACUAAUGUCUGGAGGCUUAAUUUGACAUUAUGGGAUUCUUUGAAAACUUGCAAGAUUUCAACAUUUGUAAAACUACUCAGUGUUACUCAGUUGUAUUAGCAAGACCCAUUUCUGUCUACCAAGCCGAACUUGUCUCACCCGUCUCCUCAGUAUGCCAGUGGCCCAUUAUGAGAUAGCUAAGUCAUAAUUAAUAGAUAAUAUCUCAUAGUGAAAUGCCACAUCAUAAUUAUUAGACAGUAUCUCAUUAGGAUAACUAAGUCAUAAUAAUAAGAAACUACAUCAUAAUUAUGAAAUAAAACUUUUUUUCCCCGUCAAAGUGACAGAAAAGUGCUUCCACAGUAUUGAGAUGAUACAAAUAAAUUGUUUUAGUGCAUG